AUGUGGCAGGUCGACAUGACAUCGGUGCAGUCGACAGUGUGCCGCACACUGAUAACCAUCCGAACGCGCUACAUCGAGUGCGGCGAUGACUUCGGUGGCGGCCCACAGCUACACCUCGGGGGCUUCCUAGCCAGGCUCAUUAAGUCUCCGAAAGUCGCUGUGGCAGGUGUGGACAAGGAGGGGGAGAAGCAGGAACAUAGCUUUGAGCUGCACGAGGAGGCAUUGACGGGCUACAGCAAGACAGCUGAUGACCUGCAGUCGUGCCUCGACAUCUCCCGCCGCCACGCCAAUUCGACGCUCACCCACCUCCAGAGGAGGCUGGGGGAUCUCGAAAGCCUGAACGGUGUCCGGCUGUUUAUGCUAGACACGUACCCUGAAGACAAGGAGGGACGCGCUGAGGAGUGCCGCGAGCACUUCGAGACACUCGUCGACUUGUUCCAUGCCCGCGAGCGAGCAGACAUUCUCCCGGCAAUCUGA